GGAAGCGGCGGCGGCGGCGGCAGGAGCGGCGGGAGCCGAGGAGGAGGCUCCGGACGCUGCCCCAGGAACCGGGACGCCGGAGAGCCGCGCCCUGAGCGCUCAGCCCGAGGCGUCAUGGCCGAGUACGGGACCCUCCUCCAGGACCUGACCAACAACAUCACCCUUGAAGAUCUGGAGCAGCUCAAGUCGGCCUGCAAGGAGGAUAUCCCCAGUGAGAAGAGCGAGGAGAUCACUACUGGCAGUGCCUGGUUCAGCUUCCUGGAGAGCCACAACAAGCUGGACAAAGACAACCUCUCCUACAUUGAGCACAUCUUUGAGAUCUCCCGCCGCCCUGACCUACUCACCAUGGUGGUGGACUACAGAACCCGUGUUCUGAAGAUCUCGGAGGAGGAUGAGCUGGACACCAAGCUAACCCGUAUCCCCAGUGCCAAGAAGUACAAAGACAUUAUCCGGCAGCCUUCUGAGGAAGAGAUCAUCAAAUUGGCUCCGCCACCGAAGAAAGCCUGAGCAAGGGGGAGGAAAGGAGGAAGGUUGGACCUUCAGUGGACCACUCCCUUCCCCCAGCCUCCAGGGGAGGGGCAAGGGCAACCCCCCCACUCUACCCACUUACUAACCUGGUCCUAACCCCCUUACUGUGCGCGUGUGUGUGCGUGUGCGCACGCUCUGGCUGUCUGUCUAUAUGUCUAGCUCAUCUAGUUCCUCCUCCUUGUGAGGGGAUGGGGGUCGGGCUGGGGGGGGGGCUUUGUUUCCCCACUUUAGGGGGAGGUGGGGGCUAUUUCUAUGCAAAUAGAAAUGGGCACAUUACUCCUACUGCCCUUUCCUCUAUGGCUAAAGUGUGGGAGCAGAAAGGACCUGUAUUUUCCUACACUGAGGAGCCAAGCUGGAGGGAAAGCAUGGGGCGAGAUGGGUGCAUCUAGUGAAAAGCAGUGGGAGGGACGGUGGUCACCCAACCCCCCACCUGGAAGGGGCAAAGAAAAGCCAGAGUUCCACGUCUGUACCCCGUGCUGGAUCGGCUGAGGGUUCCUUUCUAGAUGUUCCUCAGGUUGGAGGGCCUGGGCCCCAGUAGGUCCCCUUUUUGCUCCCCUCCCAUGGGCCUAGGAUGGGUAUGAGCCAGGGAUCUAAUGAGAGAGGACCACAGGAUCUUUUCCUCGCCCCAGAGUACAAACUUCAUGAGCACCCAGCUAGAUACUGGAGACCCCCCCCACCCCCAAGAGCCCAUGCUGGGAGCAGGCCCCACUGCACCAGACAUGGGGAUGUGGACAGAGGGGUCCUCUUUGCCACUCCCUUUAUUCCUGUUCAGACUGUUGCACACACGGAUUCCAAACCUAGGGAGGUUGAGGAGUGAGC